AUGAAUCCACACAAUGUGCUCGAGUCACUUGCAAGGGAAAAGGGCGUCGGACUUACGCACCUCUCCGAGAUCAGCAGCAAGUAUUCUCGGUCGGCGAAAGUGGCGUGCUGCGGUGGGCUCAUGACGCGCCUAGUGACGGAGAGCGCCGCCGAUUCCACGGUGCUCCUGCGUGACGGCAGUGGCUCGUGUUACUGUGCCUUGCAUGGAGACAUCACGAACCGCUAUCCCGAUGUCUUGACCACCGACGCACUCCUUUUCUUUACGGACAUCACGGUCCUAGUCGUCUCCUCCAAGGUGCCGCCGAUGUUGAUCGCGUGUUUGCAGAACCUCGCUGGUCUCUUGCUGCCUGAUAAGGCAACGAGCACCGCUGCUGCUACGGCCUCGAGCGCCACGGCGGGAGGGACGCAGUCCACUCCGCCGCGCACCUUCCUUCCUCGUGGCGCCAUGCCUCAUAACGAUGGCUUUGCUUGCUCAGACACGUGGCAGUUGGACCUUCUCACCGGUGUCCAAAGAGGAUACGACAGCACGGGCAUGUUCAGCGGCUCAGAGAGUGCUGGGGGAAGCUGCACUGAGCCGCACGCCUCUGCAGCCGCCGUCUCUCUGGCCCAUCCCGCCCUUGUUGGAGAGCGUCGCGAUAGUGCCCCGGCGGAAAAGAGAAUAUGCACCGAAAAUACCGCUGCACCCGCAGCACUUGAUGUGGAUGACGAAGACGAUGCAGAGUGCUUGGAGCUGGUGGAUGAGAUGUGA